CUCUAGUCCUGCAUCACUGUGCAUGUUCCUGGCUUCGGUGAAGUCAUGCUGCUGCAUGUGGCGGCCUUUGUGGGCUUGUUCUACCUCCUGCGCUGGUACCGGGAGAGGCAGGUGGUGAGCCCCCUCCAAGACAAAUAUGUCUUCAUCACGGGUUGUGACUCGGGCUUCGGAAACCUGCUGGCCAGACAGCUGGACAUGCGAGGCAUGAGGGUACUAGCCGCGUGUCUGACGGAAGAAGGGGCCGAGCAGCUGAGGAAGCGGACGUCAGCGCGGCUGGAGACAGUGAUCCUGGACGUCACCCAGACAGAGAGCAUUGCUGCAGCCGCCCAGUGGGUGAAGGAGCGUGUGGGGGACAGAGGACUCUGGGGCCUGGUGAAUAAUGCCGGCACCUCCUUUCCCUCUGCUCCCAAUGAAUGGCUGAACAAGCAGGACUUCAUGGACGUACUCAAUGUGAACCUGUUGGGGGUCAUCGAGGUGACUCUGAGCCUGCUGUCUUUAGUGCGGAAGGCCCAAGGCCGUGUGGUCAAUGUCUCCAGUGUCAUGGGCCGGGUUUCGCUCUUUGGUGGUGGCUACUGCAUCUCCAAGCACGGCGUGGAAUCCUUCUCGGACAGCCUCAGGAGGGAGCUCUCCUACUUUGGGGUGAAGGUGGCUAUUAUCGAGCCUGGUGGUUUCAAGACCAAUUUGAGCAGUUGUGAAACACUCAUGCCCAAUUUUAAGAAGGCAUGGGACCGGAGCAGCUCAGAGGUCAAGGAGAUCUAUGGCAAGAAGUUUCUCGAAUCUUUCCUCAAAUAUCCUCACCUAUUGGAGAAAGUGUGGACAUCAGACCUGUCCUCAGUGACGGACUGCAUGGAGCAUGCGCUGACUGCCUGUCACCCUCGCACCCGGUACUCAGCAGGCUGGGAUGUCAAGCUCUUUUACCUCCCAUUGAGCUACCUGCCCACGUUCCUGGUGGAUGCCCUGGUGCACUUGUGCUCCCCAAAGCCAGCACAAGCCCUUUAAUGCCAACUCUUGGGUGUGUGGUCGGGGUAGAUGGGCAGUGUGUGGGUUGGGACAUGUGAGGAAGGGGAAAUGGGUGGAGGAAAUCUGCUCUCAAACACUGGGGCACCUAUCCCACCUUCUCGGUGCCAAGGAUUCUUCUCAGGGAUCACUCAAGACUGGUGAAGUGAGAGGGAAAGAGCCAAGGACCUCUGGUGAGGAAUAGGGACUCAGCAUCACUCACUGAUGCCCAGUUGACAGGCAGCUGCUGAUGGCUCUGAGCAACAUGGCCAACCAGGAGGAAUCUACACACCUGGGGUGGCUGGGAGCAUGUGGCUGGGAGGAUGUGGCGGGAUGUGCAGCCCACACCUCACAUCCCUUUGCCGUCCUUCUGAGGGUACACAUUGUUCCUGGCUGCUGUCUAUCUUCUCACAACAUAGACUGGCCUUGGGGAAGUAGGGUCCCUCUCCUUUGCAAUCAGUGUGUAGGUGAAAUCAGGUGGGAGGGCAGCACCAGUCUGUGUCCUUGUCCCUAAUUGGUUUGCCUUAGAUCUCUCCUCCACACAGAUCCUGGCAGAGUUUGAACACAUUAUCAUGGUUUGUGUCUAGAUGUCCCCCCUGUGCUCCAUGAGAUCAUAGGAGGGGCUUCUUCAGAUGUGCCUAAAUCUAGCAUGUGUGAUGCUGGGAAUAAGGGUGUGAUUACUAAAUAAGUCCACUGAUUACUUCGACAUUGUGUAGUGGGUUGAUAACUGGUGGUCAAUUUAUAAUCCCCAGCUGAACUGAG